GAUGUUGACGAAGAAAAGAGAGGGCUUAAGGCUUAGGGUAGACGAUGGUGAUCGAGCUGAGUAUAUGUUGGCGUGAAGAUGCGAGCAAGUGUUACAGGCGGCGAGGAUUGGUGUGCGGACGAUGUGAUGAUGGGCUCUAGGUCGUGAUGAUGAUUGUGAGCAAGACGAAACCGAGGACAGCGACAUGGAAGAAGAAAUAGCACGGCAGUGAGACUCGACGAAGACGAGAAGAGGACAAAAGACAUAACGAGAAAAGAGCAAAGAGUAACAAAGAGAACCGUGACUUGGAGCAGUGUAGGUGGCCGAAUUCGGCUAUAAAAAGGGGUCGAGACUGAGUAAAGAGCAAGGGAAAAAUGGUGGGCAUACGGGUUUGAGAAGCAAGGAAGAAACCUAGCACUUAUAGGAGAGUGCAAAGAAAGAGGGAAAAGUGGGAAGAAGAAAAGAGGGAAGGAAGAGAGAAACAAAGCAUAGAAGGGGUGAGAACUUAAGCUCUUCCCUCUGUUUCUGGAAAAUUGAAGAAAGAAAUGGAGAAAAGAACUUGAGGGAAGCAAGGCAGAAAAAGGGGAGAACUGGGAAGCAAAUUCCGAAGAAAGGGGACUCAUUUUUGGGUUUCUUCAAGUUCUAGAAAAGGGGGACCUCGUCUUCUAGUAGGAAAGAAGACUAUGAUCUUUGCAAUAUUUUGUUUGGAAAUGGGUAAUGAAACUGAUUGCUAAAGAAUAUAUAAGCCUGUGCAACUUUGCCAUCCUCAGUCUUUCCAUAUGCAGGAGAUUCUUGGACCAAGGCCAAAUGAGCCUAAACUGACCAUUAUAAAGUCAGCGGACGAACUGCCAAAAGAAGAGGAACUGAAUUUUACCAAGAAGGUGUGCAGGAUGCUUAUGUUUUUGCUCCUUGAUAGGCUCUCUCCCCCAUCUGUUUAUGAUCCAGUGCCGGAUGCUUAUUCUUUAGAUCCUCAACGGGCCCCUUCAUCUUCAUCUGCAUCAUAACCCAUCAGUGAUCCAACGAAAAAAGCCCCUGUAGAUAAUUCCAAUCCAUCUCCUUAUCUGGGUAUGCCAUUGUUAUCAGAGGAAAUCACUGAAGAUAUUGUUGCAAAGACCCUGCUUAAAGAACUUGAGGAGAUGGAUUUCGAGGAGUUUGAUUUGAGCAAGGUACUGAGGAGCAACGGAUACAACUUGGAGCAGUCUGUUGAUGCUCUCUGUGGUGUUUCAGAGUGGGAUCCCAUCCUUGAGGAGCUGCACGAGAUGGGUUUUUGUGAUGAAGAAGUCAACAGAAUACUGACUGGAGACAAUGGGAGCAUCAAAGCCAUGGCCAUGGAUCUCCUGUCUGGGAAGAAAUCCUAACUAAUGGAAGGCUCUUAUGGCGGAACUUAGAUAUAUAUAUAUAUAUAUAUAAAUGAAUAAAUAGACUUAGACAUGAUAUGAUGGUUAUUUAUCUACUCCAAAACAGGUAGUUUGGUAUAUGCACG